AUGAGGAGUGGCUACAAAACCGGUAAGAAAAUAUUUUAUUGUAAUUGUGAAUAGGUGACGACGCAAAGAAUGUUGUUGUACAUGGCGAGUCCGAGGAUGAAAGCGAAAGCGCCGAUGUGAAACUAGAAUCAGAACUUACCGUUGGGAAGGCGUAUAUUAAGACAAACGGAGCGCCAUUGAGUGGGAUACAUCCAAAAAUUAAGCCAAAGUACUUUCAAGAACCAUGCGAAGAGUAAGUUUGGGUGUCUUUGAUGAUUACAAUUUAGUUACGAUGAACUCGGAUUUAAAAAGGAAGGCCCUGAUUCUUUAUUUGGUCCGUUAGAGGUGGAAAGUAAUCGGUAAGAUUUAUUCUUAUAUUAAAAAUUAAAAAAAAAAAACACUGUAACUUUUAAAUCGUUAUAGUCUCCAAUGGAUUGCACAUAUCCAAUUUAAAAACGGGGAUGUGAAUAAAGAUAUCACCUGGGAUGAUGUGGAUGGAGAUCUUUUCAAAGACCAGAAGAGCAUAGAGUUGGUCAAGAAGUCUGGCAUCCCCCACUCCUUCAGAUCUUUUAUGUGGCCCAGAUUUUGUGGAGCGACUUCUCGGAGGAUAUCUUCCCCAUAUAAAUUUGAUGAUAUCUUCCGCGAAGCUGAUGAAGAAGUUCUGAAUGCGGCUACUCAGAUAGAGCGGGAUCUCCUCCGCACUCUCCCCAACCACUAUUGUUUCUCCAAGAUGGAUUCUUUUGGGACCAAAUCUCUUCGGCGGGUUUUAAAGGCAUUGGCUUACUUUUACCCCGAGCUUGGCUAUUGUCAGGUAAGGUAAUUAAGCCUAUCAGGCAUCUUUUAGGGCAUGGGGACAGUUGUGGCAACACUGUUACUUUUGUGCGAUGAAGAAAAUGUGUUCUGGAUCAUGUGUAAGAUGAUCGAAAACUUCCUUCCAGUCAACUUCUAUGGUGAUAAUUUAAUUGGCCUGCAAGCAGAGGUUAAAGUCGUUGAGCAUUUGAUCGAAGUGCACAUGCCCGAGGUCUCGAAUGUGCUGAAAAAUGCAGAUUCCGAGGUCUCUUUGAUCAUUGCCAAUUGGUUGUUAACUUUGGGAUCUUCCGUCUUGCCGAUGCCUUUACUCUUCAGAAUAUGGGACAUCCUUUUUCAACAAGGAAUCGUCGUCUUUUAUAGAGUAAUAUUUUGAGUUAUUAUGGGUGGUUGAUGUUUAUUUUCUACUUCUAGAUGUUGAUCUCCAUGUUCAAGAUGAACGAAGAGCGAAUUAUAUCGGAAUUGACUGAUCGACCGGUUGCUGUAUUUGGAUUUAUCCAAGCCCUGCCCUCUUCCCUCCACGAUGUUGAUGAUCUGAUUGAACACAUGUCUUCGUUUGAGUUUUCAAUUACCGAUCAAACAAUAACGACUCUUCGGAAAGCCCAUCAAGUAUGUCAUCGUUUAUUUGUAGUGUAAUUUAAGGGUAAUAUUAUGAGUGAAAAUGGUCUGAUUUACCAGUCGGAUGCCCCUUUACCUUAUCAGACUACCAAUUCGAGGAAAUUAACUAAAAGCAAAAGCAUAAUUGAGAAUAUUUUCAAGUCAGCGGAAGUUGUAAGUGUCAGAAAUUAUUACAAAUACCGUCAUCCCCAGCCAAAUGACCCGAAAACCAAGAAUGUUCGUGUUACCGAGUUGAUUGUGGCGCUCAGAAGUUCGAUUUAUCAAGUUUGUGAUCAUUUUCGAACAUGUCCAGAAAGUCAUCAAAUCACGAUACAAGUAAGUAAUGGCAAGAAUGAUAAUUUUAUGUAACGUUCUCAGGCCACCUAUGCCGUGGAUGAAUGUGUGAGGGACCGGGAAGAAUUCAAAAAUGCCCGCAGGAAAGGACAGAAACAUGCGCGGGCUCUUUUGGAUUUUGAUACAGAAGAGAAAGACGAACUCUCCUUCAAAAAGAAUGACAUAAUUACAGUACUCUCGGAAAGAGAUGAGCAUUGUUGGGUGGGAGAACUGAACGGAGAAAGGGGAUGGUUUCCAGCCAAAUUUGUGCAAAUUGUGGAUGAAAGAUCCAAGAAAUAUUGUGCGUUUGGCGAUGAAAUGCUGACCCCAAAGAUCGGUAAUCUGGUCAGGAACUCUCUGUUCAACUCUUUGUAUGCAAUUCUCAGUUACGGCCUUCGUCCCACUGGCAUUGUCACGUCAAAAACACACCCCUGGCAUUACAUUGAGGCCUUGGCAGACGCUCUAAUGGAGGCUCACAAUAAUAUAACUCAUUCUAAACUUACUUUAUGCGAUACAUUCAAUCUGGAUCAAGAUGGGAAGGUAAGAUCAACUUUCUUUUUGCGUGACGCUUUAGUACCGCGUUUCAUGUGACCGCCUACCGGAAGUUCGAAAAACCCCAAGUUCGACAACCAAAAGUUCGAAUGCCGCAAGUUCGAAUGCCGCAAGUUCGAAUACUAGAAGUUCGAAAAACCUCAAAUUAGAAAAACCAAAAGAUCGAAAACCGGAAGUUCGAAAUAUGAAAAUAUAAAAAAUGCAGAAUGAAAAAAAAGAAUCGAACUUGCGGUGGGUCUCCGAACGCCUACCGCAAGUUCGAAAAACCCCAAGUUUAAAUCUGCCUCACACGCGAUUUUUUUGCCCUGUGAAAAAAAACUGCUGCUCUGCUCGCAAAGCCGUUUUUUUUUGGUAUCCAAAAAACGGUUACCCACCGCAAGUUCGAAUCAGCAAGUUCGAAAGCCUAAAGUUCGAAUGACUAAAGUUCGAACGACCUCCAGUUCGACAAACCUAAUCCAGUUCGACAAACCCAAACCGAGAAAGACACAGUUGGAUUGGCUCCAUGACGAAUAUUGACCAGGUCGACAUGAAGAACAGCGCGUUCGUUGCCGGUCAGAGUGUUCGGACAACCAACCUCCAUCGUAAAGGAUGAAUGAAUGAUUGAAGAGGAAGUGUAUUUUGCAAAAUAAUUAUAUGCAAAUUAUAAUUUAAAUAUUAAUUAACUUUUUUUUCAUUUUCGAACUUUAGUCAUUCGAACUUUAGGUCAUUCAAAGUUACGGUCAUUCGAAGAUUAGGUAGUUCGAACUGGAGGUCGUUCGAACUUUAGUCAUUCGAACUUUAGGCAUUCGAACUUGAGGAUUCGAACUUGCGGUAUGUCUCCGUUUCAUGUGUUGUAAUCUUACUUACUGGAGAUUUUACGUCUCUGAUUGUUUUAUGAUUACUCAAAUUUAUUUACGAAAACUUUCUCUAGAUUCUGAGUCCAGAAGAACUUUUAUUCCGUGCAGUCCACGCAAUCAUCAGUUCCCACACUCUUCAGAAUAUCAAGGACGACACUCGACUGAGAUCUCUGAUUUCUUUUGGGCUCAACGAACAAUGCCUGCAUCUCUGGUUUGAGGUGUUAUGUGAUGCAAAGGGGCAUGAAACACUUCGGAAGAGUUAUUAUCACACCUGGUCCUUUGUGCGGUCACCCGUUUGGAAGCAGGUGGGUCUAGGCGACUGAAGCAAUACGUCUUGUUCAGAUCAUGUGCGAGCUCAGACUGCUCAGCCAGUUUUGCUUCAAUCUGAACACUGAUUUCGAAGUGCAACAAGCUCUGGAAAUUGAUCGAUUGCGCAACCAAGAACAACAUCAGAAAGCGCGAAAAAUCGCGAAGAAUGUGGGACCGAGUGAACUACGGUUCACAAGUGACGGCGGUGCCUGGAAUCAAGCUGGACAGCCGCUGAAAGAAGGCGUUAGAGAUAUGCUAAUCAAACAUCAUCUCUUCAGUUGGGAUCUCUGA